AAUCACAGCUUAAAUUUGAAAUGAUUCGGCUCGGACCUCUUUCCAGAACUUUGGGUAGAUCUGUAAGUAUGAAAAGUUAAUAACAGUAUCUUUGAAUGGAUAAGAUUACAGGCUAGUAAAUAAACAGUCAGCUUACCACAACGAACGAGAUCGAUCCACCGUAGACCUAUUUUUUAGUCAGCUUGCAUAACAUUGUAAAGUUGACCGACUCAAGCUCUAUUUUAAGAGUCUUAGUUGCAUUAUUAAAGGUGUAUGAUUUCCAAAGGGCACUGUGCUUUUCCAUUGGGCCAUGUGUUUGCUCAUCAACGUCUGCUAAAAAACCAGAACAAUAACAGUUUUGUCAGUGGUUUUUAACAUUCAGUCAGAGCUCUGAAGGGACAGAACCGAUUGUCCAGGCGUUGCUUUGAGAGAUGUCCAUAUCACUAAAAAAAGGGAAAGCGUGAAGUCUGGUGUCUUUGGGAUUAAGAAAACUGUCAAUAACAGAAGGUUGUCUGAUCUGGAACUCCUUGCCAACUCAAGUUUCGUUUUGUAGUAGGAUGAGUUGCUUUUGGCAUAUAAUUGUUGAUUGAAUAAUUAAGUAUUUGUUGCAUAUUUUACAAUGUAAUUAACAUGUUCAAAAAAUGUGAAUUCUCUCUAAAUGUAGGGAAACUCUUUGCGACACUUGGUCUCAAACAGAAGUGCAUCAACGCUGGUAAUUGCUGAACAUGACAAUAAAACAGUUGGUCCCAUAACACUCAGUGCUAUUACAGCUGCUAAAAAACUUGGUGGUGAUAUAUCAGCAUUGGUUGCAGGAACUAGCUGUGGAACAGUAAGUCAUGCUACUACAGUGUAUCUGGUCAGCUCUGAAUUGGUUGGCUGAACUCUUAAAGCCCCAAUAUUCACAGCAGGAACCAUCACACUGAGAACCUCAGUGGAAAGUUUUCAGAUACUUACCAAGACCCACCCAGAGCAAGGGAAGGGCUGGGACCAAAAAGCCUUUGACACAAGUACAAGCAAAGACAAUGCGUGCAAAAUGACUUGACCUCUAAAGCAGUGCUGUAAAAAUACUGGGGCCCUGAAAAUACCCUAAGCCCACCCCACAUACGAUUAGUAACAGAUACCGCUGGCCAGCAUUGUCUCAUGUUUAAUUUAACCUUGCCUAGAUCAAAUUUAGCCACAUAUAAAAUUCUCCAGACUGAUCUCUAUUUGCUUUAAAAUGAAUAUUUAUUUGUGAAGGGAAUUUGAUAAAAGAUCAUAGUGUUUUCCCAUGGGUGAUCAUUUAUUAAGUGUCAUUAAUAUUGUGUUAAUACUAUGAGGAGAAAAUUAAUGUUGGUCUUUCUUGGGACUGAAAGGGUUAUAUACUGUUUAGCAUGGUCUGUAUUACAUUCUUUUAUUUGGCAAUACAGUAAAUUAUUUAUGCUACAUGUAAUAAUUUCUCUCAAUCAGUUGUGUGUGCUUUGAUUGUCCAAUAAAUAUUCAUAGCAUGGACUGCCAAGUUCAAAAGCUUGUUUUGGUCACAGUCUGAGACAGAAGAACAUUGUAAAGCUGCAUUUUUUCAUACUGUUUUGGAAUAUGGGUGUUUAAUGUUAAAACCCAAUGGUUUUGAAGACUAAAAGCCACAAUUUUUAAUGUUCAUGUUUAAGACUUGAUGCUCAUCCUUAAUCCACAGCCAUUUCACUUGAAGUGAGAUCUUUGAUGCCCUCCCAGUCUCUGUUUACACCCAGAGAUAUAUAUAGGGGAUACCUUGUUUUCUUGAUCUGUACUGUUAGUUACAGGACUUUGCUUUUUUACCAUUGGAUUUAUGACCUUUGCACUUGAACCAUAAAUACAUAAAUACCAGCAAGGGAAACCCAGUUUGUAACUUACAUUUGUUACUAGUACGGAACUCAAACUGGGUUAAUACGUAAGAGGUAUAAUAAUAAUAAUUGUCACAUGGGAACUGUCUACUGCAAGAACUGAUUUUCUCUAUAACAUUAUUAAAAAUUAUUUUACUCUCUUGCAUUUGUGAUGUUCACACUAGAGUGUACGUGACUGUUUGUAUGCGAUAACCAUUCCGUCAUCAGGUUGUUGAAGAACUAAGCAAAGUUGAGGGAAUUAGUAAAAUUCUUGUUGCUGAGCAUGAAGCUUAUAAAGGUUUCUUACCAGGUACUGUAACUCAGAAUGUUUUUGAGGAACCAUAAAUUGUAUCAACUAACAAAAUCCCACAUCUUCGUUUCAUACAUUUUUGUUCCACCAUGGAAUCUAUUACAUUUAAUAAGCCCACAGAUCAUAACCAGAAUUUUAAGGAAUUUCAGACUAGACAACAAUAUUAACCACUUGGAUGUUCACUGUCAGUUGUGCGUCUGUUUUGGGGGCAUGUACAACAUGUACCUCAGUGGUCAUGCAAUGAGAGUCAACUCUUCUGUGCAGUCCAUUGUUUACCAAUAGCAAGCUUAAGCCAUGAGAAUGCUGACAUUCCAGACACCAUAAAUAGCAACCUUCUUGCUUGAAGGAAUGCUAGAGCUGUCUCACAGGAAGCUGAAUGCCUUUGUUUUAACUCCCACUGUACAAAAUUAAUUUGUUGAGUCAGAGCAUUUUAAAUACAUGAUGUGCACAUGUGUUAAAGGUCAAAAUUAUAUUCAGGUAAUUUUGUUAACAUAGUAGGGUGAUUAUCAAUUCCCAUCAUCUCCUUACCCUAAUUCAUGAAUAAUUAGGGCCAGGAGACAAAGGAAAUUGAGAAUCAACCUAGGUUUGAAAAUUUUAACCUGAAUUUAACUUUGACCUGUAACACAAAAGCUUUAUUGUUUCUCAUGUUUCUGCAGAGGUCCUUGCACCAUUGAUUGUUGGAACUCAAAAUCAGUUCAACUUCUCACACAUAACUGCUGGUGCUACAGCAAUAGGAAAGGUACCAGUACUUUGUGACAUCUUAUUUUCCCUAAUGAUAGGCAGGCAGUCUUCAUCUUCAAUGCAUGUGGGCUGGAAAAUGCCCACCAAUUUUUGUACGGUGUACAGUGUAGCUCCUUCCACAACGUCCACAAGGAAACACAGUAUGAUGAUAGUUUAUGGCAAUGAGGGGAUACUGUAGAGAUAGUGGUCAGCACGUCAGACUUGUAAUCCAGUGAUGCAAGGUUUAAGUCCUUCACAUCCACCAUGUAAUCCAUACUGCUUCUCAGCAUUCAUAAGUUUGACUCCCUGUGCCAUGCUUGUAAUAGUGAACGGGUUGCCUCCUGUCAAUAUCACUGGGGUUUUUAACCAUGUUACUUGUAUGUAUUUACCUUUAGAUUUUUUACGAUAAUACGGUCAGCUGUCUCUUUUAGUUAGUUUGAUGUCUGUUCUAUAGAGAGUCAAAAAAAGGGAACUAACUCUAGGUGUCUGUUUUACCAAGGUGUGGAUGAUAAAGCAUAACGCACUUCCACUAUACAUGUAGAAACAAAGGUUGUAUUAACAUUUUUGUGAUCAUGGGUGACGAUGAUGGUGACGAUAGUUUCCUUAGAGCAUGUGUAUUAAAACCCAACAAGUCUCUCUUCUUGAUCAUUAUUUCAGAAUGUUCUUCCACGAGUUGCUGCUUUACUAGAUGUGGCUCCACUGCAGGAUGUGAUAGAGAUCAAAUCAGAUGACACAUUUGUCAGGACAAUUUAUGCAGGUGAAAAUUAAAGUUAAAUUUUCUGUUAAUUACUGUAGUUGUGAAGCAUUGUUAUGUUAGACUCCUGAAAAAACUCUCAGACCCAUGGGUGUCUCAAAAACUCAAACCCCCGAAAACCUUAGAUCCCCAGUUGUCUCGUGAUACCUGUUCACCUGCAACAUGUAUGAUCCAUAUUAUCGUGGUCUUAUUGUUACUCUUCUUUUUUAUAUAAUUAUUUAAGCUGCCAUGUACCGGAAGUUAAUUUUUUCUAGCCAAUAAAAGGCCUUUGACUGUCAUGUUUAUUGGCUUAACUGCACAAGUAUCCAUAAAAUGGUAAUCCUAGUGAUUGUGAUGGUGAUGUUUUCAUCAGGUAAUGCCGUGACUACUUGCAAAAGCAAUGACACAGUGAAGGUGUUCACUGUCCGAGGUACUGCAUUUGAGGCUGCAAGUGCAUCUGGUGGUGCAGCUGCUAGUGAAAGUGGUAAGAACCUUCCUUGUACAUGUAUAGUAUCACAUGUUAGUGGCGUGUAGGCAUCACAUGAGGUGUGAGAGUGACCAUGAUAGGUUUAGUUUUUGGUUCAGAAUUCUGGAACAUAAUAAACUUUAAAAUACAUCACCUCAGAUCUUACACUGGCAAGAGUAAAAAUACCAAACGUACAAGAAUGUUACACUUAGGGUUCGGCAACCAUUUAUGCGCUUGCCUUUGUCCAAAGUUAUAGCAAAACACAAUAUGUGAAGAUGAAUUAACCAGUAUACAAAAAAUUCAAAGAUAGGAUACUUUUUCAACCAUUAUUCUUUGGUUGUACAAGGGUGUACUUUUAAUCACAUUUUCGUCUUGUAUUUUCCUUUUCCUUUGCUAUUUGCUAGCACCAUCUGCUGAAACUGGUAAUGACCUAUCAGCCUGGGUGGGUGAGGAGCUGAAUGUGAGUGACAGGCCAGAAUUAACAAGUGCCAAGGUGGUGGUAUCAGGAGGUAGGUUCCGUUACUGUAGACACCCCUCCAUGAUGAACAUCUGUCUUCAGGUAUUUUUGGGAUUUAGGAUUUGAACAAAAUAUAUGAUGUGGGAUUUUGGAAGACACAAUGUGUCUUAAACUAGAUACGAUAUUUUACAGCUAUAUGUACCCUUGAAUAAUUGGGAUUCAGCAAAAUGUAAGCACGGGAUGCAUGAUUUUUUUGCCUGUAAGUUGGUUUUUGGGAAAUCAUACCUUUCUGCAAAUCAACCAGACGCACAUUAUCUCCUUUCAAACCUAAGUAUAUAGUGUGCCUAGUUAGCUUUUUAUUUUGUUUUUUGUUUUUUUGGAAACCAAAGAGGUUGCAGGAUUUAAGUGAAAAAGGAGGAAGAAUAUGGGAUUAGGACCCCCGUCCCCUUCCAGACCCUGGUACAUGUGAGUGUACAAUGUACAUGAGAGCUGCAGCCUGCAUAAGGUGGUGGUUAUGAGGUCUACACAUACAUGUACUGUGAUCUUGCGCUGCAUGUGUUAAAUCACUGUCCUUUGUUGUGUUUUUGUUUAACAAUAUUUUUUCAAUCCAUAGGCAGAGGCCUAAAAAAUGGAGAGAACUUUGAAUUGCUCUAUAAGCUCGCUGAGAAAAUGAAUGCAGCAGGUAAAAUAAAAACAGCAAACAAUAUACAGUACAUUUACCUUUCCUAUGGUAUUAAUAAGGAGAAUUUGGUUUGUGAUCAAGAACUACACAGUCUGUUGAUGUAAUGUCUAAUUCUCUCUCAAUUUCCCAAGAACGUGCACAGUAAUUUGUAACGAUUGGAACUAUUGUUAUAAUCAGAAGUCAAUAAUUGAGUAAGGUGUUUAUCUACACACCCCUUUUGUUUUUCACUUACCUAUCAAUUGCUCUUUUCUCACAACUUGGUAUGAUUGAUUGAGUAGUGACGGAGAAGUUAAAUUUUGGUCACUCAAGGUUUAAAUAACUCUCUUGCAUUCUGCAGUUGGUGCAUCCAGAGCAGCUGUUGAUGCAGGAUUUGUGCCAAAUGACAUGCAGGUCGGACAGACAGGCAAAAUGGUAGCCCCUGUAAGUUCUCUUAUAUGUAUUAUGAGUUAUUCUGAGCCUUUGAGGUGAAAAAGCUCCAAGGAGCAAUGAUAAUUUUAUGUGUUAUUUACUUAUUAUAUAUUAUUCUUACUAUCUGUCUUCUCAGUGGCUAAAAACCCAAUGUACCGUACAGUUGAGUUUUGAAAUCAGUCAACCUGUAGAUUAGUGAGUUAUUUGCUAAGCAGAUAAUCUGUGGGUUGCUUAUGCAAUGCAUGAUAUGAUUUCCGAGAGCAAUUUCCAACUUUGUUCUAUUUGACAGCGUGUUUGUCAUUAUUUUCUUCAAAACAAUGUAUGAUGAAACUAUUGGACUCAGUUUUUGUGAAAUUGAGAAUAAUCAAGGUCUCGGUAAGACUAGCGUUAUUGGCCUUGGCUCACUUAUAACACUUACAGUACAUUGUACUUCAGCCUUGAUUAUUCCACAUAUCACAAGAAUCAUAUCCAAUAACAAUAUUGCUCAAUACAAAUGUAGCUUGCAAGCACUGGGACCUUGUACAAAUUAUAAGAGAACUCUGUGACACUAUAAAGGAUCACCAUUUCUUUGUAUUUAUAGGAGCUGUACAUUGCUGUGGGAAUCUCUGGUGCAAUUCAACACUUAGCUGGAAUGAAAGACAGUAAGGUUGGUGUUCUAUGCAACCUUGUUCUCAGGGUCCUCUCUUUCUCGUGUAGGAGAGGAUGCUGGAACGAGGUUGGUGUACUGUUCUGUUAGUUUAAUUUUCUUGAAGAUUUCCUCCUUUCCUAGUAUGUUGUAAAUUUUAUGGCCAUUUUUUUUUUAUUGCAGACCAUUGUGGCCAUCAAUAAAGACCCCGAAGCUCCAAUUUUCCAAGGUUAGUUGAUUUUUGUUGCUUGCUUAGUACCCCAAUCUAUAAUCUGGAAAUAGAAGUCGGUCAUCCGCCAAAGUCCAACUAAAAUUUUCCCAUGUACGAAAAAAUUGUACCCGCAGUUGCACAUGAUUACUGGACAGGUCAGGACUAUCAUUUUGUAGGAGAAGAUACUCAGUAAUAAAGAAUUUAAAGUCCGUUUCUCUUAGUCCUGGCGAACAACCGGGACCUGAUAAUUAACGUGACCAGAAACCUGUUGUUGUUCUUAUUCUUGAUAGAAGUUUUUUAAAAUAAUCUAGUGGGUAACAUGUAAUAAAACUAUCAGAAACAUAAAGGACUGGUGUGUUAGUUAGGACACAUUAGGGAUUACACGUUUUUGAGCCCCAAAAACAGGCCUUCUCCUUUUGAAAUAUAAUUCAAACUUGUAUUACUGAGUUUCUUUCUCUUUUAAAGAUAAAUUUGAACCUUAACAUAUAUUUUCAUACGUGAUUCCCAACACAAACACAAAGGGAAGCUUAUUUAAACCAAGGAUAAAUUUCUUUUCAUAAUUUUCCUGUUUCAGUGGCCGAUUACGGUUUAGUUGCUUUGAUUUGUUUCAGUGGCCGAUUACGGUUUAGUUGCUGAUUUGUUUAAGGUACGUUAUGCAUAUUUUCUCUUCUGGAUCAUGUGCAUUUUACUCAAAGCAAUUUGUUUCAUACGAUAUUAAGACACAAAAAGUACAACCUCCCACGCACACGUUCUUAGCGGUUCGUCACGCGUGGACAACUAGAGCGCGCGUACUUGUGGUCAAUAGUUCCCCUGCGGUUUUUAUUUCCAUACGCGCGCUUAACGAUCUCUAAAGAGAAAACAGAGGGUCUGUGAACAGGCUAAUUCAGACUGAGAAAGUCGAUCCUGUUUUUUAUUAUUUGUAUUAAUUAAUUAAUUAAUUUUUUUAUUGACAGGCGGUUCCUGAGAUGACGGAGAAGUUGUAG